AUGUGUGAAGAAAAUAAGACAAAAGUCACAGAGUUUCACUUCUUGGGAUUCCGUAAUCUUUAUAACUUUAGAAUGUUAUUUUUCAUCAUCCUUCUUGUCAUUUACAUUGCGAUAGUGGUCGGGAACCUUAUGAUCAUCCUCUUGGUGUCAUUUAUUGAUCAUCUACAAAUUCCAAUGUUUUACUUCCUCAAACAUCUAGCUGUGGCCGAUCUUCUUCUCACCACCACUGUGGUACCAGUCAUGUUGGACAUAAUACUUAAGGAGGAAGCAGUCAUUUCUGUCAUUGGGUGUCUGAUUCAGUUUUAUGCUUUUGGUAUUUUUGUGACUAUUCAGUGUUUCGUGUUGGCCGUAAUGUCUUAUGAUCGAUACUUAGCCAUCUGCAACCCACUUCAUUAUGUCUUCUUGAUGAACCCUAAGAGAUGUGUGCAGCUUAUGUUUGGAUCUUGGUCUUUGAUGGUCGUUGUAGUGUCAAGUGAAAUGAUUUCAAUAAGUCAAUUUGAGUUUUGUGGCCUGAAUACUAUUGAUAAUUUUGUCUGUGAUAUUGGCCCAAUUGUUGAAUUAUCAUCUUCCGAUAGUUCUGUUUUCAUCAUGGAAGACUUUGUCUUUGCCAUCCUUAUGAUAGUCUUUCCAUUUGUUUUUAUUAUUAUAACAUAUAUCUGCAUUUUCAUCACGAUACUGAAGAUUUCUUCCUCCACUGGAAGAAAAAAAGCCUUUUCCACAUGUAGUUCUCACCUGACCACAGUGUGCACCUAUUAUGGGACCCUCAUCACAGUUUACAUAGCCCCAUCCGAUAGGAACCUCGGUGAUGGGAAUUUGUAUAUAUCUCUUCUGUACAUUCUGGUGACUCCAUUUAUGAACCCAAUCAUCUAUAGUUUAACAAACCAUGAAAUCAAAAGGGCUAUAAAGAAAGUAUUGAAGCGAACCAGGAUGGUAAUGGGGGGACAAUAA